AGACAAGGUUGCAUCCGCAACCCGCAUUCAAUUAAUUUUUUUGGCUCCAGACUUGGCUUGCUGUAGGUUUCAGCAACCCAGCAUGGUUUCUUGAACGUCGGAAAACUCGCCGCUAUGCGCUACUCGAGCAAUGCCCGUCUGUCCCUUCGUAUGGGCCACCUCUUCCUGGCCCUGACUGCCUUCCUCUUCCACGUUGCGCCGUCCCACGCAUACACCCAACUUGACGACGAUGCGCUGCGCGCCAUCCCGUCCGGCGGGGACGAUUUCGACAUAGCGUCCGGGUCGCUUCUCGCACCGAUUCUCAUCCCCCGCGUACCGGGCACCGAGGGCUCGGCGAGGGUGCAGGAGCACUUCGUGUCCUUCUUCCGGGACAACCUCCCCGAGUGGACGGUCGAAUGGCACAACUCGACGUCCAAGACGCCCGCGACGGGGGACGAAGAGAAGCCUUUCCGAAACCUCAUCUUCCGGCGCGACCCGCCGUGGGCCAAGGUCGGCGACGUCGGCCGCCUCACGCUGGUGGCCCACUAUGACAGCAUGUAUAAGCCGGAGGGGUUCAUCGGGGCGACGGAUAGCGCGGCGCCGUGCGCAAUGCUGAUGCAUGUUGCCAGGGGCGUCGACGCAGCGCUCACGAAGAAGUGGGAGACUAUGCAGGCCUCUGGGGACUUCGGGAUGGGGUUAGAGGAGGAGGUUGGCGUGCAGAUCCUCCUCCUGGACGGAGAAGAGGCGUGGGUUCGGUGGUCGGACACGGACUCUGUCUACGGAUCAAGGGCCUUGGCAGAAUCAUGGGAGACGGAGACGUAUCCCGCCAUGUCGGUGUUCAAGCAUCCGAUCCACUCGAUCAGCUUAUUCGUUCUGCUCGACCUGCUCGGCGCGAAGGAUCCCAGCGUGCCGUCCUACUUCAGGACGACGCACUGGGCAUAUCGGAACAUGGCCAAGAUCGAGGACCGGAUGAGGAACCUCGGCAUGCUCGAGGCCGAACCAGAUGACAUGUUCCUGCCCGAUAUGGACAAGCCGUCCACCGACUUCCGGCGGGCCUUUAUCGAGGACGACCAUGUCCCCUUCAUGGCGCGGGGUGUGGACAUCCUGCACAUGAUCCCGGCGCCGUUCCCCCGGGUGUGGCACACGAUGGAUGACAAUGGGGAGAAUUUGGACCUGCCGACCGUGCGCGACUGGGCUCGUAUUGUGACGGCGUUUACUGCCGAGUGGUUGGAGAUUGGGGACUACUUGCCCAAGAAGUCCGAACAAGAAGCGAAGAGGGAACUACUGUCCGGGCACAAGACCGAGUUGUAACCACAUCUGUGGCUUCUUCUUACUCCAAUACAUCUGGGAAUAGAUUUACAGAUAGAGGGCUCUUCGAGUCCCAAGUGAAAGCCCUUUGUAUGGGCGAAGACUUGGAUCCUGGGAAUGGAACAGGAGAAAAUGGAAUCUCACCUCGACGGGACCGGAAAUGUUAGCUUCUCAUUACCGGGGGGGGGG